GAAAUGCGUCAUCGGAGUGCGACAACUGGCACUGCGCGGGAAAUGGUUCCAUGCUGCUGGUCGGAGCGCCACAGCGCCGUGCUGCCAUCACGUAAAGUCUGCUGACGGGACAAUGGUGCAAAUAUUCAUACGGGGCAGUGCGGAUGGCACCAGUCCUCCUGAGUGGCUCAUGGUGGAACUGCAGGGAGAAAUGGUUUCCAGACAUGACUCUGGUCUGGCAGGCAAUGUGAUGGGAGACCUGCUCUACACCAAAGAGGGGACGCCAGUGCUUAUAGUUGGACAUCAUAUUCUCUAUGGAAAGCAGCUCAAACUGGAGAAACCCUUUGCCAUCCUCACCAAGCAUUCCGGCCAUUUGCAGGAUACCCUGGGCAGCCAUGACAACGACAAUAGCAGCAGGGAUGUCACACACGUAGCUAUGGAAACAAACCAGCAGGGACCCACCUCCACCUCCUACACUGUGUCCGCCCUCAUCACACGGAAGCUGAUCUUUAAGACACGCCCGAAACCCAUCAUCACCAAUGUACCCAAGAAGGUGUAGCUUGACAGGGUUUCCUCACUGGGUCAGACCAACUGAUCGCUCUCCCCUGCUGGAAGUUUACUUCAGCUAGUGUUACCCUUCGUUUGGAGUAUCAGAUAUUUGUUUUACAAAUGGUAAAUACAUCUUACUGAUCGUUACUGCCAAACUUUGGCCUGAACUGAUUCCCAGAGGGACUUUGAGAUUUGUAUAAAAAGCUUAAAAUCCCAUGACAGUCUAAUUGCUCUUUUAACACUUAUAUUUUCUAUAAAAAUUUCUUUAAAAAUAAUGAAGGGUUUUUUAUUCACAAAUGAAAUCACCAGCUGCAGAUGUAGAUGUAGUCUUAUUGACACUGUGUGUUGCUCCAUUUCUGAUGCAAAACCUGAUAUUGUCACAUGACUAUAAUCCUCAGAUUGAGUAAAAAAAAUGCACAAAUAUUUAUAGCUGUCAAUUGCUUUACUCAUUUUUUAAACAAUGACAACCAGGACUAGCAGUGGACCAGAACUCCAGUAGAAAUUGACUGCUAAAUCCCCACAUUUAUACUUAGUCAAAAAGGGUAUCCCGUUUUGCACUUAAUAAAGUUGAAAGACCAAUUCAUUAGUUCCACACCAUCCAAAAGACACCUGUGUCUCUUCAAAUCCACGGCUCCUGUUUGUAAUGCAAGAGAAUAUACAAGACCGUUGCAAUAUGGCAUUCUUUUCUUUGCUAAUGUUUAAUUGUUGAGCAAUAUCAAAGUGUGAAAUUCAAUGACUGAUCCAUGUUAACCUUAAGAAAAUAAAGUUUAUUGAAGUGAGUUCAUCCUAGAGAAGUACAACAGUGAUUUUCAUACAGCAAUUCCCUUCACUGUUUUUGCUGAAUGGGUGAACUAGUUAGAAGUAGGCUGCAGUGCGGAUCCCUCCCUCUGGUUCUUUAUGAGAAUUGGAACAAUGAUGACUUACUGACUGUUAAUGGGAUUAUAUGAUAAUGCCAAUGCUGUCCAUCUCAACCCACCAUUUACACUGAAUGAAUGUCAAGUUCUGCAUUAAAGAAUUUAAUUCAACCAGAACUUUAGCUCCCUUCAGAAUACGCCCCAAAACAUUGGUACACAGAUUUGGCCAUAUGGUCACAGUGAAUGUAAUGCUAUACAUUAAUAAUAAAAGUGAGAUGGAACAUGGA